AUGUGUUCUGGGGGAGGCGGUAAAAAGGGCCCUGGGCCCGCGGCAUGCAUUUGUUUGUUGGUAGCAUUGCUGCUGGUGACGGCCGUGUGCGUGCGUGGUGGGGGGCCCGGUGGAGGUGUGGGCGAGGAUGAGGGAGAGGGUGGCGGUGCGUGGCGCAGCACCGAUGCCUUGCACCCCAUUGAGGCCGAAAUGCGGCCCUACGUGCGCGAGAUGAUAGGGCACGCCUUUAACUCCUACAUUAAGUAUGCCUUCCCGAAGGACGAGUUACGCCCGGUGAACGGGGCAGGGAAGAACACCAUGGGCGGCUACGGGUGGACGCUGAUCGAUGCGCUCGACACGCUGGCGGUCGCUGGGUUCCACACGGAAUUUCGUCGCUACGCGAGGUGGGUGGAGGAGAAUGUGAGCUUUGACAUUGACAUCACUGUGUCUGUGUUUGAGACGACGAUUCGGGCACUUGGCGGACUUCUUGCGGCGCAUUUUAUGUAUGAGGAAGGCGUGGUGGAGAUCGUCGCCUCGGAGCACAACUACACGGGUGGGCUCAUGCGUCUUGCUGUGGACCUGGGCAACCGGCUUCUCCCUUGCUUUAACACCAGCACCGGCAUACCGUACAUAGCAGUUAACCUCCGGCACGGUCUGGAUCCGACGGAGACAACGACCACCAGCACUGCUGAUGGUGGCACCUUUUUGGUGGAGAUGACCGCUUUGUCGGGCCUCACUGGCGACGACAGGUAUGAGCGAGCCGCCCGGCGUGCCUCCGAGGCAUUGUUUGCCGCACGAAGCCCUCAGACUGGGUUGAUGGGGAACCACAUUGACAUCAUGACCGGCCGUUGGAUUUCAUUUGAGUCCUGUGUU